CUUCCGCCCUCGCCGCCUGCGCCAAAGACACAUUUUACAAUGGAUUACGGACGCAUGAGUACUGCGCGCAGCUCCGGUAACAAUAAUCGCAGCCGCCAGCCUGACGAAGGCGAUGCUUUCAUGACUUUGCCUGACAAGGAGAUCGCGGGAUGUAUCAAUGAUAUUACGGGGUCGUUUGGGAUGAGCUUCACUCUAGCCGAUCUUCACAAGCCGAAUCCGCAGCAGAUCCAGAAGAUAUUCGAGAUGCUCCUCGACGUUAUUAUGAAUGUGACGCGAGAGGUGGUCGCGCCAGCUAUGCGAGCAGCCGCGGAGGACAUGUGUGGGCCAGAUGCCGAACGAAUCUACACAUCCGACACUCGCGAUCUUAUGGCGUUCUUCCUUACUACGAGGAAAUUGUUGGCUGAGUGCGGCAUCCACGACUUCACCUUCCAGGACCUGUACAAGCCCACGCGCGAGCGUCUUGCCAAAAUCUUUUCGUACCUCAUCAACUUCAUUCGCUUCCGCGAGUCACAGUCGGCCGUGAUCGAUGAGCAUUGGGAUAAGGCGCAGACCGUGAAGAACCGCAUAGAGACGCUACACAGGGACAACAAGCUUAGGGAGGUCCAACUUGCCGACCUACAGCGAAACCGCAAAGGCACCGAGACAGCGGUACAACAGAGGGAGAAGCGGAAUAGCGAGCUCAAACAACGUCUCUUGGACCUCAAGAGGGCCCAGGAGCGUGUCCAGGAGCGACUGGAGCGUGUCAAGGAAGAGCAAAACAACCUGAAGCGCGUGCUAGAGGAGAAGACAGAGGCCACGAUGAACGUGAAGCAAGAAGCUGCGAAGCUCCGCCCAUACACUCAACAGAGCCCGGCGGUUCUGGAAGACUCUCUUCGCGACCUGAAUGCCAGCCUGACAGCAGAUAAGACCCAGAUCGAUUCACUAGACCGUCGCGCCCGCGCUCUGCAGACCUCUACCGAUUCAUUUGGCGUCGUCAUAUCCGACGUCCACGCCUGUACACGCCUUCUCACCGACGUCCAGACAGACCUGAGCAAGGAGGAGGAAGAACUCACCAAGGCUGCUAGACACCGAGAUGCUCUAUCCGAUCGAAGCAACAAUGUUCGGGACGUCGAGAGGCAAGAGCGGCUACUGCAGAAGCAGCUGUCCAAUGUGAAUGCACGAACAGACAAGCUGCGACGCAACGCCGACGAAAAGGCAGAGACGGCAAGGACACGCAUGGAAGAGCUGAAGAGCGUGCACAAGCGUCUAGCGGAAGAGAGGGGAGAGAAGGGCAAAGAGAUGGAGAGGCGGCGGGUCAGGAUUGAGCAGACUGAGAAGAAGAUGGCCGAUUUGAAGGAGAACAUCGAGAACGAAGUCCAUGCGGCGCACGACGAGUAUCUCAAGAUGGAGUCACACAUCAAGCUUUACAUCACCGAAAUGGAGUCGAGUCUUUGAGAUUGGAGAUUGUGCAGGAUAUUAUGUUCGUUGUGUUGGCUGGUACCUUUGUAGAGUCUUAACCCGACUGUUUCAUGGGCUCCCGGGGUGAUGCUUGGAGUUUGGGUCUGUUUGGAUGCGGUGACUUCUGGUAGAAGCUGGGGCUGGUUAAUUGACUGAACGACAUUAUUCACAUACCCACUACUUCAUUCUCUAUUCCAUAGAUUAUUCCAUUCGCGUGAACUCGCUCAACUUGAACCGCGUGAAUACACAGCGCAAGCAACGAC